UCACAAAAAGAGGGAAUGGAUGCCAAAAAGAUUGGGAUUGUGGGUGCUGGAAUCAGUGGCUUGAUUGCCUGCAAAUAUGUGAGAGAGAAAGGCUUCAUUCCAAUCGUCUUCGAGAUGAAGGACAUGAUUGGAGGAGUAUGGUUGAGAACACUGGACUAUACUCUGCUGCAGACACCCAAGAUUGCCUUCCAGUUUUCGGAUUUCCCAUGGCCCUCCUCCGUCACUAGCGACCACCCCACUCAUGGUGAAGUCUUGGAGUACAUUCAGUCAUAUGCCAGGCAAUUCCAACUCCUGCAAUACAUUCAGUUCAACUCUCAAGUGGUUGGCGUGGAAUUCGUAAAAGAUUCGUGUUCAUCCAAAGAUGGAGUUCUUCCUUCCAUGAGUGAUGAUGCGUGGUCUGGUGAACCAUUCAGUUCAGGGGGAACAUGGCAGAUUACAGUGCACAAUGUCCUUCAUGGAUGUUCACAGGUGCACACAGUGGACUUUGUGAUAAUCUGCACUGGAAGAUAUGGUGACAUUCCGAAAUGGCCAUUGUUUGUGAAGGGAAGAGGUCCAGAGGUCUUCAAAGGCAAGGUGAUCCAUGCAGUGGAUCUGUACUCUAUGGAGCCCAAGGAGGUUGACAAUUUGAUCACAGGAAAAAGGAUUGUGGUUGUUGGAUUUCUAAAGUCAGCGAUUGAUAUUGCUGCAAAAUGUGCUAACAUCAAUGGCAUGGAGUUUCCCUGCACACUAAUAUGUAGAAAACCUCUGUGGCAUUUUCCUGGGACAUUGGGCUGGACAAUCGCUCUUGCAUUUCUCUAUGGCACUCGCUUUUCUGAGCUUUUAGAUCAUAAGCCUGGAGAGAGCCUCUUCUUCAGCCUGCUGGCUACAGUACUAUCUCCUUUGAGAUGGGGCCUCAACAAGCUGGUGGAAUUGUGCCUACAGUGGCAGUUCCCAUUGAAGAAGUUUGGCAUCUUACCCGAGGAAGGUGUCUUCCAACAGAUUGCAUCAUGUCAUGUUGCUGCUCUUCCUGAAAAUUUAUUCACUUGCCUAGAAGAAGGAAGCAUCGUGAUAAAAAAGUCUGAAUCUUGGGCCUUCUAUGAUAGCGGUCUGAUGCUUGAGAAUGAAAAUGAACCAGUAGAAGCUGAUAUUGUAAUCUUUGCCACUGGGUGUAGGGCCACCCAGAAGCUCAAGAAUAUUUUCAAAUCCUCCAUCUACCAACAGUUCUUAUCUGGGUCAGAAUCUAGCAUUAUUCCUCUGUACAGGGAAUGCAUCCAUCCAUGGAUUCCUCGCAUGGCAGUAAUCGGACAUACGGAAGCCGUAUCAAAUCUGUUCAUGUCGGAAAUGGAGGUCAGAUGGUUGGUCUGCCUGCUCACAGGUGGUUUCCGGCUACCAAACACCAAGGAAAUGGAAGAAGAUAUGAGGAAAUGGUAUCAGUACAAGGAGAAUCAUGGAGGAUGCAAGUACAACAAGUCUAGCAUUUCAGCCAUUCAAAUUUGGUACAAUGAUAAACUCUGUGAGGACAUGGGAUGCAACCCGAGAAGGAAGAAAAAUUGGUUUCUUGAGUUCUUCUCUCCUUAUGGCCCGGCAGAUUACUCCAAUCUGAAGAUAUUGUAGUUGGCCGUGUUGCAGCGGAAGUUU